AAAUACAUACAAAGGCAGAUAAGUAAACUUCGUAAUUCCUUGCUCAUUUUAUAGAAGCACGCACAUCGAGCGUGUCCUAAGUACGCGCUCACCUCACUCAGUUAUUAUUUGCAAAUUUGCAAUACUUCAAUCGGUUUUAGAAAUAUUAAUGGAGGACAUAUUUGUAUCAUCAGACAAGAAGUGGUAAUUAAAUUUAAUAAAAAAUAGUGAAUUGUUAAUAAUAAUUGACAUCGUAAUUUAUAUUUAACUUAGUACAACUUCAUUUUGUAAGAUACUCCCAUCUCGACAGUCGGUAUUUGCCACGGUUUGCAUCGCUACGACAUCAAUAGCGGGCAAACGGUGCUACAUAAUACGGAUUCCGGAAACACAUAUAUGUAUAUGCCGACUCAUUUGAUUCAUUUGUCGUAUUAAAGUGAUUACUGUUUCAAAAGUUAUCAGUUCAGUCCGUAACUUAGUCGAAGACUGUAGUGGGCUUCAUACAAACACGAACUGAUAACGAUAAGCUCAAUAUGACAAAAGCUAAACAAGUAAAAUCAAAACUGAAGAAAGAGGGGGAAUUCGUUCCCCCUGAUGGUGGUUGGGGAUGGAUGAUCGUCGUGGCGGCUGGGUUCUCUAACCUGUCUGCGCUGCCGAUACUACAACAGUUCGGACUCUUGUUCCGGGACAAGUUCGCUCGCCUCGGCAUCAGCAGUUCCGAAACGACCACUAUAAUCAACAUGAACUCCGCCCUGACCUCUUGCGUCGGUCUAGCAAAUGGUCCGCUGUUUAAAACCUUUACCUACAGAAAGGUGUCUUUGGCAGGAGCUACGAUUGUGUUCAUAUCACUUAUCUUGACUACAUUUUCUUACAACUUCGUCACCUAUCUCGUGUCAUUCUCAAUUUUAUAUGGUGCUGGCUACGGUAUAAGCAGUUCCGCAAAUGCCCUCGCAUUAAACACCUACUGGAAAAACAGAAGAAGAUUGGCAACUGGUCUAUCAUGGACGACAACCGGCCUGGGGCCCAUCAUGUGGCCACAUAUCAUCACGGGUCUCUUUGCUGUCUUCGGAGAGACAGGAGCCAUUCUUAUUAUAAGUGGAAUUUCCUUACAUGCAAUAGCUUGUGCUCUCUUAUUGCAACCUGUAGAAUGGCAUACCAAAAAACCAAAUGAAAAAGAUGAAGAUCAAGAAAAACUUUUGAAAAGCGAUACUAAAGAUGAAAAGGUGGAAAGUAAAAAGCAAGAGAGUGGGUACUUCAGUCAAAUGUCAAAGUUUAAAAACUUAAGUGCAUUUUCAAGUCAAUAUCUCUAUAAUGAAGAUGACCCAGUGAAUCCUGGUUAUGAGAUUACAGACCCUGGUGUGCCUAUGAUGCUGCGUGCUAACGAUGGCUAUUUUAGUCAGUCUAGACAAUCUAAAAGCAGGCUUUCGUCAAGAGAAGGAUCGAACAAAAAUUCUCAGAUGAAUUCUAGGCUAAAUUCUAAGAAGCCCUCGAUGACUAAUUUGGUUGAAAAUCGAUCUCGUAAGUCAUCAACUUUGUACUUAAAUGAAUCGAAGAAAAACUCAUCCGCUAAUUUGGGAGCAUACUUAAAUGAAUCGAAGAAAAACUCAUCCGCUAAUUUGGGAGCGUACUUAAAUGAAUCGAAGAAAAACUCAUCAGCUAAUUUAGGAGCGUUGGCUCAAGAGCGCGACACUUACAAACCAAAACGAAAAACCUCUAUUACUCUGGAAACACAAAUUCCAGAAUCUGAAAUAGAGGAUUGCCCUACAUUAAAGGCCCCACAAGAUUUGAAAGCUGAUGAAAAAGCAGUCGUCGAAAAAAUCGACCCAGCCCACGCUAAAGUUAUAGCGGAUAAAGCCGAAAAGCAUUUUGCAGGAAGCAAAAGCAUAAAAUCUUUUAAAAUGGACGGCCAAUAUGGAGAGAAAUAUAAUAAGGAUAAUCAUAGUAAUAUAUCAUUAAGAAAGGAGCCUGAUGAAAUUGAUGAGAAGAAAUAUUUAAAAGAUAACCAUAGCAACCAGUCGUACAGAACACGACACAGGAGGAAAUCAAAUAACUUUAAUUAUGAAAGUGAAGUUUUGAAACAAGCAUCGCUGAAGUUGGAACAGUAUUUAAAAGAAAGUGAGGACAAAAACGAUAAGAUCAAAAUAUUAAUUACACAAAUGGAUGACGACGACAAUGUUUUUGGCGAGAAAAAAGAGGAUGAAAUAAAAGAAAAAGAAGAUGAAGAAGAAGACGAAGAGGAGAAAUUAACCUUUUGUCAAAAAGUAGCAUUAUUCUUUGAUUUAGACUUAUUAAAAGAUUAUACAUUCAUUAACCUUAUGUUGGGUAUAACUCUAGCAAACUUUAAUGAAUUAAAUUUUUCCAUUUUGACUCCAUUUAUUCUAGGGGAUUAUGGUAAAAGUAAAUCUGAAGUAGCAUUGUUCAUGUCUCUUUUAGCUGGGGUUGAUAUUUGUGUAAGGUUCUGCAUACCAUUCGUUGCUGGUAAAAUUGGAUGGGAUAAUAAUUCAUUUUUCCUUUUUGGUGUGAUGUCGAUGGCCAUGGGAAGAGUAGUGUUGGCUUACUGUCAGAAGUACUAUGUGGUUCUCUUAGUGGCUGUAAUGAUUGGUUUCGGCAAAGGAUUGCGAACUGUAUUUAUGGCCCUUGUGAUACCGACACACGUGCCGCUACAUAAACUACCGGGGGCUACAGGGAUACAGCUGAUUACGGCUGGAAUGGUCUAUCUUACUCUGGGACCAGUUGUUGGUUGGAUAAAAGAUAAUGCAUCAACAGCAGUAACUCUACACUGUCUUAAUAUCUUCACGUGGCUAACCGCCAUAUCCUGGGGCCUAGAGAAAUUCAUAACAGCAAGACGACAGAAGAUGGUCGAAAAAGAAAUUGUUAAAGCUUAAUUAUUAUUUUUAAUGUUUGUUUUAAGUUGUUAUAAGUACAUUGAUAUUAUUUUUGAACGUCUUUGAUUAAUAGAACAAAAUAAUCCAAUUAACCUUAAGAACUCGUC